GACUUGUCUUAUCUUUGUGCGUGGAUAAUCUCCCGAAAUCGGAGCAAAUGUCUGGUAUAAAUUAAGCCGCGUAUUUGAAUGUUUAUGCACUCUUCUGAUAUUAACAUGCGGUCUUUCAUCGUGUUCCUUCUAACCCUCUCCGCUGUGGCUGCUGUCCCAGCUAAUCCACAAAGGAUCGUGGGCGGCAGUACUACGACUAUUACUAACUAUCCCAGCAUAGUUGCCUUACUGUAUAGUUCAAACUUGAGUCAGUGGCGACAAUCUUGUGGUGGUACUAUUAUCAAUAAUCGGAGCAUCCUUACAGCUGCACACUGUCCUCACGGUGACACCACUAACAGAUGGCGUGUCAGAGUGGGCUCCACCAAUGCGAAUAGUGGUGGAAGAGUAAUAAAUUCGCAGAGAUUCAUUAUUCACGGUAGCUUCAACAGGCAGACGCUCAAUAAUGACAUCGCAAUCAUUCGCCUCGCGGCUACCAUAUCUUUCAGCAACACUGCCCGGGCCGUAGGCUAUUCUGGCGCUAACUAUAAUUUACGCGACGGACAGGUUGUUUGGGCUGCUGGGUGGGGACGAACUUCUACAAAUGGUGCUUCAUCGGCCCAACUGCGCCACGUUCAGAUCUGGACAGUGAACCAGGCUACGUGCAGGUCUCGCUACGCCAGUAUUGGCCGCACCGUCACCGACAACAUGUUGUGCGCCGGCUGGCUUAACGUUGGCGGUCGCGACCAGUGCCAGGGUGACUCCGGCGGUCCUCUCUACCACAACCGCGUCCUCGUCGGUGUCUGCUCCUGGGGAGAGGGUUGCGGUUUGGCUCGCUUCCCUGGAGUCAAUGUACGUGUCUCGCGGUACGCUAAUUGGAUCCGCAACAAUGCGUAGUUUUAUAUUUCAUUUAAGACUCAUUCGGCUUCUCUUAUACCUAAUAGAUAAUAAAAACUCCGCUCCAGAACAAAGCCUUGACAACGUGGUGUUAUACGGGUCUAAAAUAUUUGUGAAUAAUGGUAUUUUUAUUUAAAGUAUAUUGUUACUUGAAAAAAUGUUUUGAUUUCCCAGGCAAUUAACUCUUAUGUAAAAAAGUUGUGAAUAUUUUUGACAAUUUAUAAUAAAAUUAUCUUAAAUAUGUUUGUAAUAAAACAAAAUUUUAAUUUAUAAAGAAAUCAAAUCAUUUUUUUAAUCUUUGAAUAAAGUUUUAUAAUGGAUAUGGCCAAAAACAGAUUUUUAUUCUACAAAAAUUCUAACCAAGAUAAUUUAUAUACAUUUGGCUAUCCAAGUGUAUAUAAAUUAUCUUGAUGAUUUGGAUACUACUGAUGGUCAGUACUAUACUGAUCAUCAGUAGUAUCCAAAUCAUUUAAUUUUAAGACCUCUGAUUUUGAGAUUUUUUGUUAUUUUAUUCUACUUAAAUAUUAACCUUAAAAUGAACGCUAGCGAAAUAUAAAUAUUGCUACAUUGAUAUAAGUACAUCCUAAAAAGGGUAAAGUUAUUAGAAAUCCGGUUUAUUUGUUACUGGCUGAGUACAAAAGUGAAUGAUAUUUUUUUAAUUUAACCUUUAUUUCCGUUAAUGACAAUUGAGAGCUAUUUGUAUAAAAAAUAUAGAUUACUUAUUCUACUAAAAAUUUUAUUUUAACCCGUGCCGACAGGGCCUUGAAAUUUUAGAAAAUAGCUACUUCAAGUGCCUCUUAAAUGUAGUUGUAGAUGAUCACUCAAAACCGUUAUGCUAUAGAAAUAUUAAUUAAAACAUAAAUUUGUAUAAUGUUUGUAUCGGUAUUAUUAAUAAAGAUAUAAUUUUUAUAUUUAUUUA